CCGGGGUCUCUGUGCCCACAGAACAUGCUGAAGCUGCUGGUGGCGGGCUCGGGGCAGUCUCGGACGGGGGUGAUGAUCCCGAUCCCGCAGUACCCGCUGUACUCGGCGGCGCUGGCCGAGCUGGAGGCCGUGCAGGUCAAUUAUUACCUUAAUGAGGAGCGAGGAUGGGCCCUCGACGUGGCCGAGCUCAGGAGGGCGCUGGCUGAGGGCAGGAGGCGCUGCUGCCCCCGGGCACUGUGCAUCAUCAACCCCGGGAACCCCACAGGCCAGGUGCAGAGCCGGGAGUGCAUCGAGGACGUCAUCAAGUUCGCCUACGAGGAGAAGCUUUUCCUGCUGGCUGACGAGGUGUACCAGGACAACGUCUACGCCGAGGGCUCCGCCUUCCACUCCUUCAAGAAGGUGCUGAUGCAGCUGGGACCUCCCUACUCAGAGUCGGUGGAAUUGGCCUCCUUCCACUCCAUCUCCAAGGGAUACAUGGGAGAGUGUGGGCUGCGGGGGGGGUACAUGGAGGUGGUGAACCUGGACCCGUUGGUGAAGGAGCAGCUGGCCAAACUGGUGUCCGUGCGGCUCUGCCCCCCCGUGCCCGGGCAGGUGGUCCUGGACGUGGUCAUGGACCCCCCCCAGCCCGGGGACCCUUCCUACGAGAGAUUCCACGCGGUACCCACGGCGGGGUGGGGUUCAGUGGGCCAGGAUCCCCACGUGGCCAGUGGGAUGAGCACCGGAGCCCCUCAACCCCACAAGGGGCUGCUCCUGCUCCCCCCCCGCGUGGUGCUGAUCCCAAAUCCAUGCCCAUUCCCUGGGCAGGCUCAGAACCAGGCCCCUGACAUGUUCUUCUGCAUGAGGCUGCUGGAGGAGACGGGCAUCUGCGUCGUGCCCGGCAGCGGCUUCGGGCAACGUGAGGGCACCUUCCACUUCCGGAUGACGAUCCUGCCACCCACGGAGAAGCUGCAGGUGCUGCUGGAGAAGCUCAGCAGCUUCUACACCAAGUUCGUCAGGGAAUUCUCUUAAUGAGGGGGGGUCUCCCGCCACCCCAGACCCCCCCAGCACCCCCCCUGUCACCCCCCACCCACCCAGACCCCGCGUG